AUGGAUUCAGAUGAAGAAAAGCAGGUUGAUCUUCCACCUAUUCGUGUUAGAAGUUCAGAAUUAAAUCAAAAGUUUAUGAAAGACAUCUUAUUAAGUAAGACAAACAUUUACCAUAUUCUUUUAGAAUUAGAUGAGUUAUUCAAAAAAUAUACUUUAGACAAAGAUGUGUGUGUGGAAUUGAUCAAACAUAUAAAAACUAAUCAAGAAUAUAAGAAAAAGGGCGAAGGUGAAUGGCAAUGCAUUAUUGGAUCUAACUUUGGAUGUUCCUUAAGUUAUGAUUUAGAACUUUUAACAUUUUUUGAUUUUUUAUCGAAUGGAAAAUCAGUUCUCCUUUUCAAGUCAGGAUGA